AUGUCGGAAAUCAAAGUGCCCAGCUAUACUGGGACUCUCAAUCUCACGGAAGUCGAGCUAGAAAAGCGCAAAGGAGCACUUCGUUGGGCUUUGGAAUACCAGUCCAACGAAGCUUUGAAGAAUUACUACACUCAAUGCCAAAGGUCUGCGUCCCACACAAACCUCUUACCGACCUUCAAUGCGAUCUCGACUCAGAUGGGGACUAAGCUGGGUGGAACGGUCAGCAAGUGGGUCGAUGAAUCGAAGAACGUCCCUUCCACCCAAAUACAAGUCAACGUCCGAUUCAGUAGUUCCGCUUAUACUCCUAUCGAUCUGCCCGCUUGA